UCUAUGGCCCACACCCCUGCCCCGCCGGAAAACGAAAUCCACGUCGCCCGCGCGCGGCCGCCGACGUAAAGCCGCCCUCCGCCGCACACGCUCUCCUCUUCCGUGACGCCCACCCGAUGGAUCCCUCGCCCGAUCCGCUCGCCGCCUCCGCCCCAUUCCCCACCAUCCCCGCCGCCACCCACAGGUCGCGGGUCGCCCGCCCGCGGCGCCAGGCCGCCCCCUUUCGUUCCGACCACCCCGGAGCCUCCUGCUCCCCCAGCCGGCGCCUCGGCGGCGAUCUCUCGAGCUUCGCUGCGGGCGCUGGCUCGCGACCGAGCACCGCAGGCGGAUCACGCCCCUCGGCCUUCGUCUUCGGCGCGGAAACGUCUAGCCGCGCCGUCGCGGAGGAUCCGGCGUCGGCGGGCUCAUGGGGUUCUUCCCGUGGCGCUAAUUUUGUUUUUGGGAGUGGCGUCUCGGCGAGAUCGGAGAUGAAGAGAAGCUCCUCGGUUAGAUCCGGUGCUGCCUCGUUGUGCAGCCUCUCUACAGCAGCCGAUGAGCUUGUACAAGAUGAUUCUUCCGGCAAGCAAAGAGAUGACCGUGCUCACGUUUCUAGAGGAAAUGAUUCCGUGCUGGAGAUAAAUUCUCGGGGUACUUUUGGUGCCUCGGAAAGCAAUUUGAAGUCACAUGAGGUUUUUCGUCCGAGCAUUCUUCAUGGUGUUGCCAAGCAGCGCGAUGAAGGGCGUAGCAUGCUCUCUCAGACGGUAGGGUGCAAGAGUACGGAAAUAAAUUCAUCAUUAGUUGGUCAAGUGGUCAAUGCAACAAAAUGUACUGACAGGAAUGACUCCAUGGAAGUCCCCGUGGACUGUGGUAACUCAUCCGUAGGAGAUUCUGUCGGUAAAGUUUACUUCGCAAAGGAUGGAAGCAAACUUUCUGCAACUGGUGUUAAUGUCAAACAUGAUUUGUUUGUUUUCGGGGGACCUGCUAGUGCUCAACAUAGUCUGUUCGCUGCAAAUACAGAGCAAAGUAAUUUCAAGAAGUUGGAUUCAUCUGAUAAAGAGGAGGUAGCAUGCAGUUCUGAACAACUUGGUCUUUCAGAACAUUCCAGACCUUGUCAAGUCCAUGAAACAGAAAAAGCCUCGAAAACUGCACCUUUUAGCAUUGGAGCUCAAGAUGACAUUGUGAAGGCUUCUUUCACAAAGUUGCCUGAUGGUAUGCAAACACAAGUAGGUGCAGCAUCUGGACUUGGUGAAUGUCGAUCUUUCGAUGAGAGAUCAUUUACUCUACAGGACCACAAUUCAGCAUCUGGAGACAAGGGAGUGAUUAAGGCUAUGAGCAUGAAUAGAAGGGCAGUUAAACCAAAGAAGUUUUCCUCAACCCGUCAGGUUUCUUCAUUGCGGAAUGUCCUUGCAGCUGACAGUUUUUCUGGAAAAGUGACUCCGGAAACAAACUUUAGUAUGGAACAAUCUGGAAAAGUUGGCCUCAGGUUAGAGGGUUCUGUUAACAGUGGCCCAGAGGUAGCUGAUGCUACGCAAACAGCAGAAAGUAGCCAUGAUGGAACUGGGCUUACUUUUGCAGCAAACUUGGAAAGUUGUGGUAACUCUGACUUAAUAUUUGCUUCAUCUACUUUCGAUCGAAGUAAUUUGGGCUCACAAAGACAACAGAAUAGAAGUUCUGAAGGAAUGACGACUCAUACUAACUUUGUUCAAAGCCUUCCUACAUCUGCCAUUAGUUUUGCACACACAAAAGUUUCAGCAAGCCAGCCAGACACAGUUUUAGCGCCUCAAUGGACCGAAUACAGCAAAGCAGAAUCUACAGUAGUAACAUGUCCAAAAACAGGAAACUUUAGAUAUCAGGAGGAUUGUGAAACUUGGCGUAUAAGGGGGAACCAAGCUUAUGCUGCAGGACAGUUAGCUAAGGCGGAGGAAUGCUAUACCCAUGGGAUUAAUUCUGUUUCUCAAAAUCAAGCUUCUCAGAAAGCAUUAAUGCUGUGCUACAGCAAUCGUGCAGCUACCCGGAUAUCUCUCGGUAGGAUGAGAGAUGCCCUCUCUGAUUGUCAGAAAGCUACUGAAAUUGAUUCCAGCUUUCUCAAGGCACAAGUCAGAGCUGCCAAUUGUCUACUUGCUCUGGGGGAUGUCGACGAAGCACAAAAGGGUUUUGAAAUCUGUUUGAAGUCUAAUCAUGCGGCAAGCUUGGAUCGUAAAGUCAUAGAAGAGGCUUCUGAUGGUCUACAAAAAGCUCAGAAAGUAUCCACUUUCAUGCUUCAAUCCAAGGAAUAUCUUGUUAAAAAGGAAUUUGACAAGAUACCAAGUGCCUUACAAAUGAUCACAGAUGCUUUGUCCAUAAGCAUUCAUUCAGAUAACUUGAUGAAAAUGAAAGCUGAAGCCCUGUUACUGUUGCGGCGAUAUGAAGAAUUAAUUCAGUUUUGUGAAGAAACUCUGCAACUGGCAGAAAGAAAUAGUGUGCCUCUGUGUCUUGAUGAGCAUCUAGAAAACAUUAACUUGGACAGCUACGGGUUUUCUGUGAAAUCUUGGCGCUAUUAUCUUAUCGCCAAGUCAUAUUUCUUCAUAGGAAAACUUGAAGAGGCUCAUCAGUUCUUGAAAAAGUACGAGCAAACAACACCUGCAGAAUACAAGUGCGGGAAGCAGUCUCAACAAUCAGUUUCAUUACUUUCGAAGACAAUCUCUGAACUACUGCGUCUUAAAGUUGCUGGGAAUGAAGCUUUUCAAGCUGGUAAAUAUUCAGAGGCUGUGGAACAUUAUACUGCUGCUUUGUUGAGCAACGCGGAGUCAUUACAUUUUUCAGCAAUCUGUUUUGGCAACCGUGCGGCUGCAUACCAAACAAUGGGCCAAAUUUUAGAUGCCAUAGCAGAUUGUUCGCUAGCUAUAGCCCUUGACACUAGCUAUUGUAAGGUUAUUUCUAGAAGGGCUAGUUUGUAUGAACUUAUAAGGGACUACGAUCAGGCAGAAAAUGAUCUUCGAAGACUAAUUUCUCUUCUUGAGGAACAACUACAAGAAAAUAUGUCCAUGCCAUCAGAAAAAUUAGAUAAUGUUCGUAACAAUCUACACCGAGCCAAUCUUAGGCUUUCUGCUUUGGAGCGUGAUGCCAGAAAAAGGACAUCACUGAAUAUGUAUCUGAUAUUAGGAAUUGAGCCAUCCUGCUCUGCUGUGGAUAUAAAAAGAGCAUACCGCAAAGCAGCAUUAAGGCAUCAUCCAGACAAAGCAGGUAAUUUUCUCGUGAGAAGUGAAAAUAUCGAUGAUACAGUAUGGAGCGAAAUUGUGAAUGCGAUCCGCAGAGAUGCUGAUUAUUUGUUCAAAAUAAUUGGGAAAGCAUAUGCUAUACUUUCGGACCCUACCAUGAAGAGCAAAUGAUGGAACCGGGCACGUGGAUUAAUGGUACAAGCAGUGCACAUGAACAUGAGGGCUGCCCUCGGAGCAAUCAAAGUGAUGUAUAGUGUUUGUUUGUACAAAACAGAAGUGGUGAUAGGAUUUUGUGAUAAUUAUGAAGUGGUACAGUAAAGAAGUAUAAUGGGGAGUAUCUACAAGAAUGCUGGUGACCUUAUUCAUGCUGAAUGAUUGACUAACGUGAGUUUUGGCAUGUCCGGUGCUCCCAUUGCGAGGUUUAGACUGCAUGAGUACUAUGAACCCAGGAAGUUGCAGAUCUGGGUCUUCAUGGGUGAAUCACCGCUGUGAAAGUUUUUCUGCCUGCCAAGUUUCCAUUUUGGUGUGCAGGGUGUAUACUAUAUUGGAUUACCGCUACCAACUUACCUUUUCAUGUAAAGAAGAUGUGCAUAUGCAUCUGAUGUUGUGCAUAGUUUGUUGAAGCAGCUGGAAAUGAAAUCAGCAACAGAGGAACACUGUAAAUACACGAGGUGUGGCAGGAGCACAUGAUUUGUUUGAUUUGUUGAUUGUAUACUUAGAAUGAUUUUGCAAGAGGAAGAGGGCAGAGAGUUUUUCCCCUUGAGGUUUACGUUUGUAUGUAAAACUGGACCAAACGAGUGAUUCUUUUGUUGAAACAAACAAAUAAGUUGGCAUGGAUGAAUAUUUUGAUCUACAACUA